CGCUCGUCGCGCUGCUUCGAGGGCGCGUGUCGUGUGUGGCGCGCCGCUUGUGCGCGUGCAGCUCCGUGUGACCUUCGCGGACUCUCAGCUAGAGGAACUUUGGCGGUGCAGCAGAGAUCGAAAAGAAGCAGAAACUUAUUCACCGACCGGGGGUUCGAGAGAGAGUGUGUACAGUGAGGAGACUCCCGAGAGCGACGUCCAACUGGGAGGACAUCUCCCAAUAACACGGGUUUUCCACCAGGUGCAGUAAGUCAGCAGAGAAGCAAACAUGGUGGCGUUGUCGCUGAAGGUCGGCGUGGGGAACGUGGUGAAAACCAUGCAGUUCGAGCCCUCCACCAUGGUGUACGAUGCCUGCCGUAUCAUCCGUGAGAGGGUUCCUGAGGCGCAGUUGGGCCAGCCCAAUGACUACGGCUUGUUCCUAUCAGACGAGGACCCCAAGAAGGGCAUCUGGCUGGAGGCCGGGAAAGCCCUGGACUAUUACAUGCUGAGGAAUGGGGAUACUCUGGAGUACAAGAAGAAACAGAGGCCUUUGAAGAUCCGCAUGCUGGACGGGACUGUGAAGACUGUCAUGGUGGAUGACUCCAAAAUUGUCAGUGACCUGCUGAUGACCAUCUGUGCCAGGAUAGGCAUCACAAACUAUGACGAGUACUCCUUGGUGCGUGACAUUGGCGAGGAAAAGAAGGAGGAGACCACAGGGACACUGAAGAAAGACAAGACACUCCUUAGGGAUGACAAGAAGAUGGAGAAGCUCAAGCAGAAGCUCCACACAGAUGAUGAAUUGAACUGGCUCGACCAUGGGCGGACGCUACGGGAGCAGGGUGUGGAGGAGACGGAGAUGCUCCUUCUAAGGAGAAAGUUCUUCUACUCUGAUCAGAACGUGGACUCCAGAGACCCUGUCCAGCUCAACUUACUUUAUGUACAGGCCCGUGAUGACAUCCUGAAUGGCUCCCAUCCUGUCUCCUUUGACAAGGCCUGCGAGUUCGCCGGACACCAGUGUCAGAUCCAGUUUGGCGACUACAAUGAGUCCAAACACAAGCCAGGAUUCUUAGAUUUGAAAGAGUUUCUUCCAAAGGAGUACAUUAAAAACAAAGGCGAGAAAAAGAUCUUUCAGGCCCACAAAAAUCUCCAAAAUAUGACUGAAAUAGAAGCCAAAGUGAGCUAUGUCAAACUUGCCAGAUCCCUUAAAACAUAUGGAGUGUCAUUCUUCUUAGUAAAGGAGAAAAUGAAAGGAAAAAACAAAUUGGUCCCACGUCUGCUGGGCAUCACCAAAGAGAGUGUUAUGCGGGUGGAUGAGAAGACCAAAGAGGUCAUCCAGGAGUGGAGUCUGACCAACAUCAAGCGCUGGGCGGCCUCACCCAAGAGCUUCACCCUGGAUUUUGGCGAUUAUCAAGAUGGAUACUAUUCUGUUCAGACAACUGAAGGGGAGCAGAUUGCGCAGCUCAUUGCUGGCUACAUUGACAUUAUUCUGAAGAAGAAAAAGAGCAAGGAUCAUUUUGGCUUGGAAGGAGAUGAGGAAUCUACAAUGCUGGAGGAUUCCGUGUCUCCUAAAAAGUCUACCGUUCUCCAGCAGCAGUUUAACAAAGUAGGGAAGGUGGAAACGGGUUCCGUAGCCCUGCGUGCCAUCAUGCGCUCUGGCGCUGGGGGUUCCGAGACCUUCCAGAUGGGCUCCAUGCCACAGGCGAAGCAGCAUGUCACCAGCGGCCAGAUGCACAGGGGUCACAUGCCGCCUCUGACCUCAGCCCAACAGGCCCUCACUGGAACCAUCAACUCCAGUAUGCAGGCUGUGCAGGCUGCCCAGGCCUCCCUGGAUGAGUUUGACACCUUGCCUCCUCUGGGCACUGAUGCAGCCUCGCAAGCUUGGCGCAAAAACAAAAUGGACGAGUCAAAGCAUGAGAUCCACUCACAGGUGGAUGCCAUUACAGCAGGAACUGCCUCCAUGGUGAAUCUUACCGCAGGGGACCCAGCUGAGACGGACUACACGGCUGUGGGCUGCGCCGUGACCACCAUCUCCUCCAACCUGACGGAGAUGUCCAAGGGCGUGAAGCUCCUCGCAGCCUUGAUGGAAGACGAGGGUGGCAAUGGGCAGCAGCUGCUCGGUGCUGCUAAGAACUUGGCCUGCGCUGUGUCUGAGAUGCUGAAGACUGCCCAGCCAGCGAGUACUGAGCCUCGUCAGAACCUCCUGCAGGCGGCCGGUAACGUGGGUCAGGCCAGCGGGGAGCUUCUGCAGCAGAUUGGUGAGAGCGACGCAGAUCCACGGUUCCAGGAUAUGCUGAUGCAGCUGGCCAAGGCCGUAGCCAACGCGGCUGCCGCGCUGGUGCUGAAGGCCAAGAAUGUGGCCCAGAAGACGGAGGACGCUGCCCUCCAAAACCGUGUGAUUGCCGCCGCCACACAGUGCGCUCUGUCCACCUCUCAACUGGUGGCCUGUACACGGGUGGUAGCGCCCACUAUUAGCUCACCCGUGUGCCAGGAGCAGCUGAUUGAGGCAGGCAAGUUGGUGGCUAAGUCGGUUGAGGGCUGCGUGGAGGCAUCGCAGGCCGCCACCAACGACGAGCAGCUGCUCAAGCAAGUGGGCACGGCUGCCACGGGUGUGACACACGCUCUCAACGAAUUACUGCAACACAUCAAGCAGUACGCCUCUGGGGGGCAUCCCAUUGGGCGCCAUGGAGAGGCCACUGACCGCAUCCUGGAUGUCACCGAGAACAUUUUCAGCUCCAUGGGUGAUGCAGGGGAGAUGGUGCGGCAGGCUCGUAUCCUGGCCCAAGCCACCUCAGAUCUGGUCAACGCCAUCAAGGCUGAUGCCGAGGGAGAAACAGAUCUGGAGAACUCCCGCAAGUUGCUCUCAGCCGCCAAACUCCUGGCUGAUGCUACCGCCAAGAUGGUUGAGGCCGCCAAGGGUGCGGCUGCAAACCCAGACAGCGAGGAACAGCAACAGAAAUUGCGUGAGGCUGCUGAGGGCCUGCGUAUGGCCACCAACGCAGCGGCACAGAACGCCAUCAAGAAGAGGCUGGUCAACAAACUGGAGAACGCAGCCAAGCAGGCGGCGGCGGCAGCUACGCAGACCAUCGCCGCAGCACAGCAUGCUGCCUCAUCCAACAAGAACCCAGCAGCCCAGCAGCAGCUCGUGCAGAGCUGUAAGGUGGUGGCCGACCAGAUCCCCAUGCUGGUCCAGGGGGUGCGGGGGAGUCAGUCCCAGCCGGACAGUCCUAGCGCCCAGCUGGCCCUCAUUGGAGCCAGCCAGAACUUCCUGCAGCCUGGAGCAAAGAUGGUAACAGCAGCCAAGGCCACUGUGCCAACCAUCAGCGAUCAGGCCUCAGCCAUGCAGCUUAGCCAAUGUGCCAAGAACCUGGCCAACGCCCUUGGCGAGCUCCGCACAGCAGCGCAGAGGGCACAGGAAGCUUGUGGCCCCCUGGAGAUAGACAAUGCGCUCACGGUGGUGCGGGGUCUUGAGAGAGACAUGCAAGAGGCCAAGGCUUCAGCAGCGGAAGGGAAGCUCAAGCCCCUUCCCGGGGAGACGCUGGAGAAGUGCUCCCAGGACCUUGGCACCAGCACCAAGGCUGUGAGUUCUGCCAUUGCCCAGCUGCUCAGCGAGGCCACCCAGGGCAACGAGAACUACACAGGCAUGGCAGCGCGAGACGUGGCUCAGGCCCUGCGUUCGCUGGCAUCUGCUGCCCGCGGCGUGGCAGCCAAUACCACUGACCCGCAAGCUCGCAACGCCAUGCUGGACUGCACCAGUGAUGUCAUGGACAAGUCAGCUAACCUCAUUGAGGAGACCAAGAGAGCCAUUGCCAAGCCUGGAGACCCUGACAGCCAGCAGCGCCUGGCCCAGGUGGCGAAGGCUGUCUCCCAGGCCCUGAACAGGAGUGUGAACUGCCUGCCGGGACAGAGGGAUGUGGACAACGCCAUCAGGACCAUUGGAGAGGCCAGCAAAAGGCUGCUUGCCGACUCGUUCCCAGCAAGUGGGAAGAGUUUCCAGGAGGCACAGGCCAACCUUAACCAGGCCGCAGCCGGCCUCAACCAGUCAGCCAACGAGCUGGUCCAGGCAUCCCGUGGCACAACGGAGGACCUGGCCAGAGCUUCGGGCAAGUUUGGCAAAAACUUCAAUGACUUCCUGGAGGCCGGCGUGGACAUGGCUGGACAGCCGCAGUCCAAGGAAGACCAGACUCAGGUAGUCACCAACCUGAAGACAAUCUCCAUGUCCUCCAGCAAACUCCUGCUAGCUGCCAAAGCCCUGUCUACCGACCCCAACGCUCCCAACCUGAAGAACCAACUUGCAGCUGCUGCCCGUGCCGUCACCGACAGCAUCAACCAGCUCAUCACCAUGUGCACCCAGCAGGCCCCUGGGCAGAAAGAGUGCGACAAUGCUCUCCGAGAGCUCGAGACGGUGCGAGGCAUGCUGGAGAACCCCACCGAGGCAGUCAGCGACCUGUCCUACUUCGACUGCAUCGACAGCGUCAUGGAAAACUCCAAGGUCUUGGGGGAGGCCAUGGCUGGCAUUUCCCACAAUGCCAAGAACAGCAAUCUCCCAGAGUUUGGGGAAUCGGUCAGUUCAGCCUCCAAGGCCUUGUGUGGCCUCACCGAAGCGGCCUCGCAGGCAGCCUAUCUGGUCGGCGUGUCGGACCCCAACAGCCACGCUGGUCAGAAGGGUUUGGUGGAUCCAGCCCAGUUUGCAAGAGCCAACCAGUCCAUACAGAUGGCUUGCCAGAACCUAGUGGACCCAGCCUGCACCCAGUCCCAGGUCCUCUCGGCCGCCACCAUUGUUGCCAAACACACGUCCGCGCUCUGCAAUGCCUGCCGUCUCGCUUCCUCAAAAACGUCCAACCCUGUUGCUAAGCGACAGUUUGUCCAGUCAGCCAAAGAGGUGGCUAACAGCACAGCUAAUCUCGUCAAGUCUAUUAAAGCCCUGGAUGGUGCGUUUAACCCAGAGAACCGAGAGAAGUGCAGGGCUGCAACCGGGCCUCUGAUCGAAGCAGUGGACAACCUCACCGCCUUCGCCUCAAACCCUGAGUUUGCCAGCGUCCCUGCUCAAAUAAGUCCAGAAGGCCUGGCAGCAAUGGAGCCCAUUGUGGCUGCAGCCAAGACCAUGCUGGAAAGCUCCACAGGCCUGAUCCAGACCGCUCGCUCCCUGGCCGUGAACCCCAAAGACCCACCCAAGUGGUCUGUGCUGGCUGGACACUCCAGGACUGUGUCAGACUCCAUCAAGAAGCUUAUCACCAAUAUGCGGGAUAGGGCUCCAGGCCAGAGGGAGUGCGACGAUGCUAUCGAGGUCCUCAAUAAUUGCAUCCGUGAAGUGGACCAGGCCUCCCUGGCUGCUAUCAGCCAGCAGCUCCCACCCAGAGAAGACAUCUCCCAGGAGGCACUCCAUGAGCAGAUGGCUGCUUCAGUGCAUGAGAUCAGCAACCUGAUCGAACCUGUGGCUAUCGCUGCUCGCUCAGAUGCUUCCCAACUAGGACACAAGGUGUCUCAGAUGGUCAGCUACUUCGAGCCGCUUGUCAAGGCCUCCAUCGGAACAGCCUCCAAGAUCCUCAAUAGCCAGCAGCAGAUGAAUGUGCUAGACCAGACCAAGACCCUGGCCGAGUCUGCGCUGCAGAUGCUCUAUACAGCCAAGGAGGCAGGAGGAAACCCCAAGGCGGCCCACACUCAGGAGGCCCUGGAGGAGUCUGUGCAGAUGAUGAAGGAGGCUGUGGACGAUCUGGGGGCCACCCUUGCCGAGGCGGCCAGUGCCGCUGGAGCCGUUGGCGGAAUGGUGGAUUCCAUCACUCAGGCCAUCAAUAAGAUGGAGGAAGGUGCUGUGGAUGAACCCGAGGGCACAUUCGUCGACUACCAGACCACUAUGGUCAAGACGGCCAAGGCAAUCGCUGUCACUGUGCAGGAGAUGGUGACCAAGUCCAACACCAAUCCAGAUGAACUGGGAGGUCUGGCAAACCAGCUAACCAGCGAGUUCGGAGAGCUGGCCUCAGAGGCCAAGUCCGCCGCCAUCACAGCUGAGAACGACGAGAUCGGCUCCAACAUCAAAAAGCAGGUCCAGGAGCUAGGAUUUAGCUGCACGGGCCUUGUGACCAAGGCUGGAGCUCUGCAGUGCAGCCCCAACGAUUCCUUCACCAAGAAGGAGUUGAUCGAGAGUGCCCGCAAGGUCUCCGAGAAGGUGUCCCAUGUUCUCGCCGCCCUGCAGGCCGGUAACCGCGGCACCCAAGCCUGCAUCACAGCAGCCAGCGCUGUGUCUGGCAUAAUUGCUGACCUGGACACCACCAUCAUGUUCGCCACUGCUGGCACUCUAAAUCGCGAAAAUGCUGAGACGUUUGCUGACCACAGGGAGCACAUCCUGAAGACGGCCAAGGCCCUUGUGGAGGACACCAAGCUGCUGGUGUCUGGGGCUGGAGCAAGCCAAGAGAAACUGGCCCAGGCUGCCCAGUCGUCUGUGACCACCAUCACUAGGCUGGCAGAUGUGGUGAAGCUGGGCGCAGCGAGCUUGGGAUCCGAGGACCCAGAGACACAGGUGGUCCUGAUCAAUGCCGUGAAGGAUGUGGCCAAGGCCCUGGGUGACCUCAUCAGUGCCACAAAGGCAGCUGCAGGGAAGCCCCAUGAUGACCCAGCCAUGCUGCAGCUCAAGAACUCUGCCAAGGUGAUGGUGACCAACGUGACCUCCCUCCUGAAGACUGUCAAAGCUGUGGAAGAUGAAGCUACCAAGGGAACCAGAGCCCUGGAGGCCACAAUUGAGCACAUCAGACAGGAACUUGCUGUGUUCAGCAGCGCAGACCCGCCCCCGAAAACAGCUACUCCGGAAGAGUUCAUCCGCAUGACCAAGGGCAUCACCUUGGCAACAGCGAAAGCUGUGGCUGCUGGGAACUCAUGCCGCCAGGAAGAUGUCAUUGCUACGGCUAACUUGAGCCGCAGAGCUAUUGCUGAUAUGCUGCACUCAUGCAAGCAAGCCGCCUACCACCCUGAGGUCAGCAAAGAGGUGCAGAUGCGUGCCCUGCGAUACGGCAAGGAGUGUGCGAGCCAAUACCUCUGCCUCCUGGAACAUGUGCUGGUGAUCAUCCAGAAACCGUCACAUGACUUGAAGCAGCAGCUGGCCAGCUAUUCCAAGCGUGUCGCCGGCUCCGUCACUGAGCUCAUCCAAGCCGCCGAGGCCAUGAAAGGAACAGAGUGGGUGGACCCUGAGGAUCCAACAGUCAUUGCAGAGAAUGAGCUGCUGGGAGCUGCCGCUGCCAUCGAGGCUGCUGCCAAGAAACUGGAGCAGCUCAAGCCGCGCGCCAAACCUAAGGAAGCGGAUGAAAGCCUAAACUUUGAAGAGCAGAUUCUUGAAGCAGCCAAAUCCAUUGCCGCGGCAACCAGCGCACUAGUGAAAGCUGCGUCGGCAGCACAGAGGGAGUUGGUGGCCCAGGGCAAGGUGGGAGCCAUUCCAGCCAAUGCCGUGGAUGAUGGACAAUGGUCUCAGGGGCUUAUCUCUGCCGCCAGAAUGGUUGCCGCUGCAACUAACAACUUGUGUGAGGCCGCCAACUCCGCAGUGCAGGGCCACGCCAGUGAGGAGAAGCUGAUCUCCUCUGCCAAGCAGGUAGCUGCAUCCACCGCCCAGCUGCUUGUGGCCUGCAAGGUAAAGGCAGACCAGGACUCCCAAACCAUGAAGAGGCUGCAGGCUGCUGGCAAUGCAGUCAAGCGGGCCUCGGACAAUCUGGUGAAGGCCGCGCAGAAGGCAGCUUUCGACGACCACGACGACCAGGCUGUUGUGGUCAAGAGCAAGAUGGUCGGCGGCAUCGCUCAGAUCAUCGCAGCCCAGGAGGAGAUGCUGCGAAAGGAGCGGGAACUGGAGGAGGCCAGGAAGAAGCUGGCAAGGAUCCGGGAGCAGCAGUACAAGUUCCUCCCGUCGGAGCUGCGGGAGGACGGCCAGGAUUAGAGGGGCUGGGUUGGGCCGGGCCAGAACCGGGCUGGGCCAUCUGCUUGCCAAGCAAAGACGAAUCGUUUGUCAGGGGCUCCUUCCCUUGGGUGGCUACUCGGCACCUUAGUAAGGCCACGGCUUAGACGUAUUAGCGCUUACAAAAGCAAUAUACUGGGCAACGUAAUUAAAAGAAAGCAAAUGGGUAAAAUGGAAAAGUUCUAUUAAGUUGUUUAUUUUAUACAUUUGAGGGUUUUUUCUGUUUGUCACAUAAAAGCUUUGAGGUGCCACUAUUUUUGUUAAAUUUUGUUUUAAAAAUGUAUUGUGUAUGCAUCUUUGUCAAGAUAACUGCGCUUCAAUUAAUUACUUGUGGUUAACAUAGUACUUAGGUCAUGUAACAGUGACUAACUCGAUUGCAUGUGUCUUCAGUGUGACUACAGCUUUUUUUUUUAUUUUUUAAUUUCUAUUUUUUCAGAUUUCGGUUUAGAGCAGUUGACAUUUGUAGUGAGCGCAAAAUGUGAAAAAAGCUUCCGUUUUGCGUAGCUCCGUUAGGAAUUUCAGUCACCCGGAGGGUGAUCUCAAUGCAGGUUAAGUUACUGAAGAGUCUCCUGCUUGACCAAAACAAAAGGUCGAGUUCAACCUCCAACUUCUGCAUGCGCUGGGAAAUCGGACGACGGUCACCGCAGGAGCCUAGUUUUCAGGGCGUCGUUUGCUUCGCUGGUGUACAGACCCUUCAGACUCUUGGCGAGCUGGAAAGCGAACACUGUUGACCAGAACGUGAGUGCAGUCACGAAGGCCUUCCUGUACUCUUAACCCGGGACAUUCAGCUGCACGCUGUUGCUAUUUGGACCAGAAGUGCAAUGAUUGAUUUUGCGUCGAAACAAUGCGGAGAAGGCAUACAUAUCAUUUUUUUAAAGCUCUGAACUGUGUUACAAAUGGAAUCUUUUAAGAAAUUUUUAAGGUAAUAAAGUGUCCGUCAAUGAUGUUUCCCCCCCCAUUGGGCCUUGUAUUAAAGAACAAUGUAUUAGGAGAAGCCAUAAUCACCCAGACCCUUUUUUUAAAAAAAAAAAAAAAAAAAACAAUGUUUGUAUCUUCAGGGUCUGCGAUGUUAUAUCUCCAGGUGACAGAUUCUGCUUUGAACAGCCAAAUUAAUAUAUUAGGUACAAAUACACGGUUUAAGUGAGCAGAAGAGAAUUUCAGAAUUUGUUCCCAGAAAGGCAGUAAUGUUAAACAUAGGUAAUAUAUUUUAUUUAUCCAGUAUUACAUGUGUAUGAUUAAGGGCCUCAUUGUACUCUUCUGUUUAUUCAGUAUGUCUAUGCAUUAAAAAGUGCCUGUGUUUGUAUUUUAUUACAAUGUUGUGUAUGUUAUUGUUAACCGUUCCCUGUCCUUAAGUGCACUUAUCUGUCAAUAAGAUGAUAAAUCACGUAAAUCUACUCCUUUUCACAGGUGUCGUUUCAGCCGUCCUCUGAAAUAGGCUGCGUUCUGUGCAGAUACAGACAUGUAAUGACCUGUUAGUAAUUCAGCCAAUCUGUAAAUCGGGCGCCCGGCUGGCCAGUUCUCUGCGACUCCUGUUCUGUUUGGGCUCUCUUGUGAAUUUUUGUAAGUGUACUGUUUCAUUUUGCAUAUUCCAUGAAUCAAUUAACAGUGCUUUGGGGAUGAUGCUGUCUUUAUCGCAUUGUAAAGGACAUUUACAUUUGAAAGCCUCUACAUUUAAUAAAGCUGGUUUCUAAAGAAAAUGCCAACGAUGUUAAUCUAUGGAUGUGUUAUUUAAUUGCCUCGUUGAAAUU